AUGGCUCCACCAAGGUGGGCUACAGCUGAGCAAGAAGCCGUCUUGAUGUCAAUGUUGGCUGAAUAUCGCACUUACAUGCCAUCAAAAAAUUGCGCGCAGUUCUGGCCAAAAAUCAACCGGAAAUUCUUCACGCAAUGGCCAGUCCAUAAAACAUACUAUCCCGAUGUUGAUAAUGAGGAUGAGCUGACUGAGGAGCAGAAGGAGCAAAUUACGUCUUGGUAUCGGUGGCAGACAAACCCUGCGUGUCUUACACGUUUGGGCUGUUCCAGAGUCCUCGACAUAAAACAAACUCUCGCAGGAGGUGGGUCCACAAAAGGUCCCCGUGCACUGAAGGAGGUUGAGGUUUACUCACAGAUGUACUAUGCCGACCACAUCAAGCAGUCAGCUGACAAUGCGAUUGCAGAGAGUGGAAUUACCUCUCGCAGUUCUAAGCUUCGCAUGCAUUGUGAGAUCACUGCAGAGAAAUAUGAGACAGAGUCAAUUGACGUCAAAGAGAAGGUUAAGGAGGAGCACCAAAAGUUGCAAGAGAAGUUCCAAAAAUCCCGAAUGGCCACUGAGGCAAGGGAUGAGCCUGACGACGAUACAAAGAUUAAAGCAAUCCACAAGCUUCUGGUGAUGCUAGAUCAUAUCUUCCGACACCUGAGUCAUAUGACUGGUGGAUGGAAGUUCUCUGUCCUCAUGGGUGGCUGCGAUCCAGAAGCUGGGGGAAAUAUCUAUCACCUUGGUGAAUGUGCCACUGGUGGCCAGUUUGCAGACUCAUAUGUGAUGUACAGUGAGGUUCUUAAGGUGUUUGCGAGUUUCGUGGACAGCACCAUCAAAUACGAGGACUCUCUCCCAGCUACUGACCGCAACCACAACAGAGACGCUGAAUGCAACUUGGCAAGUGAGGGUUCAGAUACUGAGGCGGAUGGGGAUCACACUGGCGAAAGUACCGCUGCUGGAAUAGAGGAGUAG